AUGGUACUUUGGAUUUUGACCAGACAAAUAAUAGCUAUUGUACCAAAUGCUACCAUAUUUUCUUAUAUUCAGCAUGAAAUUGUCACUUACUAUGGAUAUCCAUCUGAAAUACAUACUGUGACAACAGACGAUGGUUACAUACUCGAAUUACAUCGUAUUCCAGGUGGCAAGAUAGCGAAUUAUUCUAGAAAUGAAUCAAAGCCUGUCGUAUUUUUACAACACGGUUUUAUCGGUUCAAGUGCUGUUUGGGUAACUAAUUUACCGAAUCAAUCUGCCGCAUUUAUGUUUGCUGAUUCGGGAUUCGAUGUAUGGAUGGGUAAUGUUCGUGGUAAUACUUACUCAACCAAACAUGUUAACUACACACAAAGUUCUUUAAAAUACUGGAAAUUUACAUUGGAUGAAUUUGCAAAGUAUGAUUUGGAUUCGAUGAUUAAUUAUGCACUUAAUAUAACUCAUCAACAUUUCUUAUAUUAUGUCGGAUAUUCCGAAGGCACUCUAACAAUGUUUGCAAAACUCUCAAUAGAUCAACUUUUUGCUCAGAAAAUUCGCAAAUUCUUUGCUCUGGGACCAAUUGGUACCUUGGCUUAUAUUAAAGGUUUGGUAAGAACUGCUGCCAAAAAUUUCCUGCAACCACUCAAAAUGCUGGUUAAAGUUACUGGUAAAUUUAUGCCCAAUGAAUCAAUUUUUCAAAAGAUCAGCAAAUCAACCUGUUCAUUGAGAAGUAUUGUUGAGUAUUGUGAAAAUUUAAUGUUCCAAAUGACCGGACCAGCUACUGUACAAAUGAAUGUGAGUCGAAUUCCGGUAUAUAUGAGUCAUCUACCAGCGGGUACUUCCAUUGCAAAUGUUCUGCACUGGGCGCAAAUGGUAAACAGUCAAAAGACGCAAAUGUAUGAUUACGGUUCAGAAAGUAAAAAUAUGAAACAUUACAAUAAGAAGACACCACCUCUUUAUAAUUUAUCACUGAUUAAUGCACCUGUUUAUUUGUAUUGGAGUGAACAGGACUGGUUAGCUGAUAAACGUGAUAUUCAGGAUGGUUUAAUGUCCAAAAUACCAAAAAAAUAUUUGAUACAAAACAAUGAAUUGCAAUAUUUCAAUCAUUUCGAUUUUAUUUGGGGAAUUCAUGCAGCUGAUCAAAUAUACAAGCCUAUCAUUGGAAUUAUAAAAAAUGAUUCCAAAAUAUAA